AUGGGCUUUUCUUCUCCUACCAUCGCUCCUCCUCACUCUACCCCCCCUCGUCCUGUUCCCCCCAUCCCCGCAGCUUCCCCCUCCCAUGGCUCCGCGCUCUACAUCGUCCGCCUGCGCUCCGCACCGCCCGUCGCCUCGUACCGCGGGGGAAUCCCUGGCUUCGCGGCAACGGCCGCCUGGGACAGCGACCCUAACGGCAACGCGCCAGGCACCGCCGCAUCUGAUGAUGACGCCCGCGGUGGCGUUGGCACGGCUUCCGCUGCUCCUGUCACUGCUGCUGCUGCUGCCACUAGCGGUUCAGGAGGGACCAGCCGUGUGCGGCGGCGGCCGCGGGUGAACGUGAGGGCGCCGGGCGUGAGGGCGUUCAAGCAGCUGCUGCAGCGCAUGCAGCAGGCCGUGCUGAGAGACAGCGGGGUGGACGCCGGGAAGAUGGUUUACAGCUACAUGCACGCAUCCAACGGCUUCGCAGCGACCCUCACGGCAGCGCAGGUGCAGCGCAUGAGGCGGCACCCCUCCGUGGCGUCCGUCACGCCCUCUCGCACCAUCACACGCCGCCGCGCCGUCACUGCCGCCGCCGACGGGCACAAGUCUCUCAACCUGCCCCACGCCCGUGCUGCUGCUGCUGCUGCCACUGCUGCUGCUGCUGCCACUCCUGCUGCUGCCACUCCGGCUGGAGCGCCGAGCGAUGCUGCUGCUGCUGUUACUGCUGCCGCUGCUGCUGCUGCUGCCGCCGCCGCCGCCGCCGCCGCUGCUGCUGCCGGAGAGACUAGUAGUGGUGUUGUUGAUGCUGCUGUUACCUCCUUCCUUCCCUUCACCAUCCUUGAUGACGUGUCCUCCCUCUCUUCCCUCGCUCCUCCUUUUUCCAUCUCGCCGCUCCCUCCCUUCUCCUCGUUCUCCUUCGCAUCCCCCCUUUGGUUCCCUCUUUCCCAUCCUUUCAUCUCGCCGCUCCCUCCCUUCUCCUCAUUCUUUCUCCCUUCCUUCGCAUCCCCUUUGGUUCCCUCUUUCCCAUCCUUUCAUCUCUGCCUCCCCGUCCCACCGCAACAGACGACUAUCGUCACCAGCUUUUUUUCCAAUCAAUUGCCCCUCCACCCUCCUCGUCCCCGCCAGGGCUACAGCAGCACGCUCCCUGCCGGGUGGGCGGGCACGUGUCCCACUACAAGCGACUUCGCAUGCAACAACAAGAUCAUCGGAGGGGGGGAGUUUCACGCGGGGUUAGAGAAGAGCAGGUAUAGCGACAGCUUCAGCCUCACCCUCAACUGGCUGUCCCCGCGGGAUUCUGAUGGCCAUGGCACUUG